CUGUCCCAAGCGCAUAUGCUCGUCAUUAGCGAUGCCCAACGUGUAGUGCCCAUGGUUAUGCCCCACCCAGUACUCCGUAUGAUGUCGGACUUCCACGCCAAGACAGCCGACCCUCCUAGAGUGUUUGCCUUGUUCACCUGUUCGCCCGAACGCUGGGUUUCUCUGGAUCUGGCAUGGCUUGAAGCCCCUCUGCGGGCUCAGGCGUUCUUCUUGGCGACAAAGACUGUCAACUCUUGGUCUGGGCCCGUGGAACUUGUAAUGGAGUAUGAAGCAACCCCGUCCUCUCAGAUGGAACCUUACAUGUCCAGUAUCGUGCGACGAGCUGAUCCCGAAGGCCUGCUUGUGCGACCUCAGCACUACCGUCGAGCCCGACGUAUCUGUUUACAACUGGGAUCCUUUGCUACGAAUGCAUGGUGGCGCGAUACUUUGGAUGAGCUCGUGGCAUUGCCAGUGUCAAAUGAUACCAAAUUGUCAGUAGCUCGAGACAGUCUGGAGCUGAUCAAGAGCCACGGAAUGGCGGACAGACUGCAAGUCGCUCCUGGCUCUUCGAAUCCCAAUGUGACCUUCAAGGUCUCGAAGCUGCUCCAAGUGCUGCAGCCUUAUGCAGCCUACGGCGACCAGUUCCGAGGCAUUGUGUUCGUGCGAGAUAAGGUUGUCGCAAGCGUCUUGCCUGGACUGUUGAAUGCCGCCGAAACACAAGUACCCUUUAUCCGUGCUAUCGCACCCAGCCGAAAAGAAAGGUCGGGGAAAAAUUCUUUGCACGCUGCUUUGAGCGCGUUCUCUUCGAGUAAAUAUAACCUGAUAGUGCUUACCAAGUCCAUGGAGGACGUCGAAUUACCACCAGCGUCCAUCAUUGUCAACUUUGAUGUGUUCGAUGACCAGCUCUCGUACGCAUACAGUCACUUGCAUACCCGCGGACGGCAUUCCCAUCUCGUGUAUUUGGUCGAGAAAGGGAAUAACGAACAACGACGAAUACUCACCCGCGUGCAGAGCGUCGACAACGAGAUGAAGGAAUGGGUAGGCGACUUCGUCCGUGGUGACUGCAAUGCCCCACCCAAGUCUAUGCACGUUGGUCUGGACCCGUAUCAGUCGGAUAGCGAUAACGAAGGGGAGGACUACAUCGUGGAUGCUGUGACUAGCGCACGGAUCGACAAGUCGCAGGCAAUCCCUACUUUCUACCGCUUUGCCAUCCAAAUGCAUGCCGUGUCAGGCGCCGAAGACGAGAAGGUCGCAUUCAACAUGGAGACGGGGGAACGUGGCGAUGACGCAGCUGUCCUCCGGUAUAUCAUCUCAUUCCCAAAGUCUACAGCACUCGCAGCAAUCUCAGGACCAUAUUGUUCCACGAAAUGGGAAGCCAAACGGGAGGCUUGUCAUCAAGCAUGCAAGGAGCUCGUUCGAGUUGGUAUAAUGGAUCACCGGCACUUCCCCCAGUCACGACGAGUGCCAGCAGGCCAGAGCGGUUCUACAGAUACCAACGGCGAGACCCCUGCUCCGCGGGAUGUGAAAACGGCCAACACAUCCGCGAAGACUCACGGGUAUCCGCGGAAAAUUCCCGACUUCUGGCCCAAUACGCAGUCGUCUCCCCCUACCAUUCUCUAUCCUACCGUCGUCGCUCCUGACAACAUGGGUGAGGAAGUCCAUGCGCCUGUCCUCCUCCUGACAAGGGCCCCUCUUCCUCAUGUGCCGGACUUUUCCCUCUUCUUUUCGGGUUUGCGUACCACGGUACGAUUCUACAAGGCCGCUCCCAUCACAAUUACCGACGCCCAGCUCAAGGCGCUCCAUGGGUACACUCUCCGUGUCACGAAGUCCUUGACGAACAAACCGCUGGAUUGCCCUCUUGGCGACUUGCUAUGUUACUUUGCCCCUCUGGAUUCCUCCUGGCACUCUAGCAUCUCUCCGCACUGGCCCCUUCUGUCUGUAGAGGGACAUGUCCUGUGGGACGCUGUGCAACUCGCUGCUGAUUACUUCGCGAUACGCCUGCUUGACAGCAACGUCCCAAUAGAUGAGCGGGCAAAGGACGCCAUCGUGCUGGACCGCCAGGUCGAGUUUACCAUGCGGCACUUCGUGAUCAAAGUCAGGCAUGACCUAACGCCUCUCUGCAAAGCCGACGACAGUCCGCGCGAAGCGGGAUACCAGAAUUUCUUGGAGUAUUGCAAGGCACGCUGCAAGGACUUCCAGGGACUCGAGGACGAGAACCAGCCCCUGAUUGAAGUCAGCGCUGUGCCAGGAGUAAUCAACAAUCUGCAUCCAACCUCUGCGCCGCCGACGCCUCCAGCAAAAGCACCCCUGAAGUACUUGAUCCCGGAGAUGUGCUACAAGUUCACCAUACCGGCAAGCACAUUCCGGACCCUGUGGCUUAUGCCCUCCAUCAUGAACAAGAUCGAGAGCUACCUGCUCGUCAAGGAACUUAAUGCAAGGCUAUUCCACAAUGCUGUCAUAGAGCAGCAACUUCUCAUCGCGCUUUCUACCCCUGCCGCCUGGACCGAGUUUAACUACGAACGUCUGGAGUUCCUGGGUGACUCGUUUCUCAAGGUCGUCGCUUCGAACUUUUGCUACGCAACGAUGCCCUCCGUUCAUGUUGGUGAUCUCCACCAAGCGCGACAAUCUAUCAUCAGCAAUAAGGUCCUCCAGGAAGGGGCAACGCGCGUUGGGGUGCCGUCAUAUGUUCAGCACAAACGCUUCGUCGCGAAGUUAUGGCAGCCUCCACUAAGCACGGCUAACGUCGCAGAAGAACUGAAGACCGAAGGCGGCAACGGGGACGUGGAGAUGACAGGAGAAGCCCCCGAGAAGAAGGAUAAGGGCAAGCGGAGCAAGAAGCAGCGACAGCUCGACGAGCAGAACACGCUCUGGAUGGGCGACAAGAUAAUUGCGGACGUCGUUGAAGCCAUUCUCGCUGCAUCCUUCCUCUCUGGCGGACACGAAGUAGCACUGGAAGCCGCGAGGCGCCUCCAGGUCCCCAUUCCCAACGUCGCACAAUGGUCAGACUACGCCCGUCUCGCAGCUCAUCAUGCUGCCCGCGAGCAGACGGUAGUGAUGGCCUCUGCGCCAUCACGUAUGACGAUAAGCGUGCUCGAAAAAUUGUUCAAUUCGAAGUUCAACCGGCUAGACCUCCUCGGACAAGCCCUGACGCAUACCUCUGCCUUCUCGGGCGCCGAAGGAACGAGUUACGAUCGCUUGGAGUUCAUCGGUGACGCCAUUCUCGACUUCUUGGUAUCGCGUUACAUCUGGGAACGCCAUCCGUACCUCUCCCCUGGCGGCCUGACGAUGUUGAAGGCAAAUGGUGCUAUGGUGUCAAAUCAAACGUUGGCCGCUUUCUGCGUGCACGUCGGUCUGCAGCAAUACUUGCGCAUGGAAUCGAAAGACCUCAGCACCGCGAUCCAGAAAUACAUCGACUUCCUAGAGGAGCUUCGCAAGAAAGAGUAUGACUUCGCGAGCAGGGAGCAACGAUUGCCAGGUCAAUACUGGCUUGACAUGCCCAUGGAACCACCGAAGUGCCUAUCUGACGUCGUUGAGUCCCUCAUAGGGGCUCUCUACGUCUCCGACAACUUCUUUGAGGUCGGGGUCGGACGCUUCUUUGAGACCGUCUUCAAGCCAUUCCUCGAGGCGCACGUCCGACUGCAAACACUCUCGACCAAUCCAAAAAUAACCCUGCUGGAGCUGUUGCAAGCGGAAGGGUGCCAGAAUAACGCUGUGGUGAAACAGCAGCAGUCGCGCCAGAACAUGCCCGUACAGAUGGAUGUCGUCAUUCACGGGAAGGUCAUAGCAAGUGCGACGGACUCAUCUGCUGUGAUUGCGACGCGCAAGGUGUCACUCACUGCCCUGGACACGUUGGCGAACGACCCGGAGCUCCUGGCGCGUAUGUGCGAUUGCAGAUCUACCACGUCCAACUCCAGCAAGGUGAACCCGCCGAAGCCACAACCAACCACGAGCGAAGUCUCAGUAGACGAAGAAGCGGAAGCGGCGGAGGUUGAAGCAGCCAUGGGAGCGGACGAGGAAGAAGCGGAGUGAUGCUCACGCACUCAGUGCCUGUUCAAUGACUUUCCAAUGUUUCGCUCGUAUACUGCUUCAACACGAUUCCUU